AUGCAGGAAUGGUGGGAUGUCAAAGGUGAGAUCAAGCGCUUACCAGCAGAUUAUGUUCCGGAGAAUGUUUUCAAAGUUGGGUUGGCGCCCUCCCCACUACGAUCCCUUUCAGACGACCCGAAAAAAAUUCGUGUCGAUGCCGCCCACACGUGGGCGAUCAACGGAAUUGGGAAGGACCUAUACUCAAGCUCACUGGUUUUGGGGGCAAGAAUGGGCUUCUUCGGGGCUGGAUCCAUGGAUGCACGGCUGAAAGUCGCUUAUUCUCGGUUCGACAAAUUCUGCAAAGAAAAGAAGAAGUAUACCAGCAUCGAUGCCUUCAACUUCAUGUACACAACCUUUCCAGCUGGGUUGGGCAAAGGGCACGAUUGUGCCAUCGUUGGUGCCUGGCUGGAAUCCGAGCUGUGGAAGGUGGACGCAGCCUCGAUCGAAUCGAAGUACGUGCCACUAUUCGAUGCGAUGCGGUUUACAGUAGAUGCUACUGGGAAGUUCUGGCGCUGCAUUUACAACCAUGGAAUGUGGAUCCCUCGCUCUGCUGCUCAUGAAUGCUGCAAGAACGGGUGGCUUGUCGCCGUGCCCUGGCUGUAA